UUUAUAUUUUUCUAUGGCUGGGAGGCAUUUUAUGAUGAAGAUCGUCAUCUACAGGCAGACCAGGCCCCCAAAUCAGGCAGACUCUAUACCAUGUAUCACGGCACCUCUGUGCAAAAAGCUCGUCUGAUCAUAACAACAGGCUUUAGACAGUCACCAGGUGGAAUGCUGGGACCUGGCGUUUAUGUGAGCCGUGACCAGAAGAAAGCAGAGCGCUAUCCUCUGCAAUCCCUCCCUACUGACAGAGUUGUGCUUAAACUAAGCAUUGACUGUGGAAAAGUCAAAAGAAUCGAUAAGGACAACCAUCCUCUACAGAAGAGCUGGCAUAGUCAGGGCUACGACACUGCCUGGGUACCUCCUAACUGUGGCAUGAAAGCUGUGCCUAGUGGUCUAGAAGAGGACUGCGUCUAUGACCCAAAGCGUAUCGAGGUCACAGAUAUUGCUCUUGCACCCAACACGACCAUCUUAAAUGAACUCAAACAGCUCGUUGCUCAAAACAAGAAAGGGCCUUCAAAUUCAAACACCUCGGGUGCUUGUACAGUGUGCAAGUUGAAACUAGGGCUUGCUCACACUGUACAGCCAUGCUGGGGGUGUGGAGAGACUAUCUGCGCUCUCCUGACCAAACACAAGUGCACUCGUUAGAGUUAAGAAACUUCUCAGGAAAUCAGGACAGAUGCAUCAUUCAGGACACUCUUUAGGUGUUAGACCGAUUUGUUGACGUGUCAAUGCAUGAUGUUUGAGGUUUGGGUUAGUAUAUAAGAUUGCUUACUUUCUUAGUUCUCAGUCACACAAUUAUCUUUGACAAUUAUGCUCUGACAAAUUCUUUUUCCUGCCGAUAUGUGCCACCAUAUUUGAUGUUAUAUUUAAAAUUGAAAUGUAUAUGAUUGCAUGACUGUUUUCAAAGAUAUUUUUACGAUCAAUCACGUAUGUUUUAAACAUUCAGUAUUGCAGACAAUAAAAAGAGCCUGCUACCUCAGUCAA